AUGGCCGCAGGGAGCGGUGGCGGCUCGCGGCGCGCGCGUCCGAACGUGCUAGUGACGGGGACGCCGGGGACGGGGAAGACGACGACGUGCUCCCUCCUUGCCGACGCCGCAGGCCUCCGCCACGUCAACAUCGGCGACCUCGUCCGCGAGAAGAGCCUCCACGACGGCUGGGAUGACGACCUCGAGUGCCAUGUCAUCAACGAGGACCUGGUCUGCGAUGAGCUUGAGGACAUGAUGGAAGAAGGCGGUAUACUAGUAGAUUACCACGGAUGUGAUUUCUUUCCAGAACGUUGGUUUGACCUUGUAGUUGUGCUCCAGACUGACAACUCAAUUCUGCAUGAUCGCCUGACCAGCAGAGGUUACACGGGUUCCAAGCUCACGAACAACAUAGAGUGCGAAAUCUUCCAAGUGCUCCUCGAGGAGGCGAGGGAGAGCUACAGAGAGGACAUCGUGAUGCCAUUGCGAAGUGACAACGUGGAGGAUAUUAGUAGGAACGUGGGUGCAUUGACAGACUGGAUAAACAAUUGGAGACCUAGUUGA